UUGCCUUGUGUUUCGGGGCUGGUUACAAGCCUUUCUCUUUCUGAAGACAGUGACGGGAGGAAAUGUUAGGCGCUCGUUUCAAUGCCGACAAAAGGUCCCUCCUGUGUAACGUUUAAAGAAACUGGUCACACGCCCUUGCUGGAAGAUUCCCUUUGUUUUAAUCGUUUUUUCAAUCUCAAAAUGGAAACAAGGGGCAAUUGUUAACGAUCGAUACUUGGGGACAUCGCUGGGAGGAAGUUUACUCAGCCAGUUUGACUCAAGAAAUUGUGCAAUUAUAGUGGCAUAAUGGAAAAUUCGAAGAGAAGACUGACCACAUUACUGGUAUUCAAAUCAUCGGUGUGAAAGACGUCAUCCUAUCCACAAUGAAUGCAGCUCCCAAAUGCACAAAUACAAUAUGGUAUUAUUGAUGGCUCUGCCCAUUGAAAAAUAUUGAAAAGUGACUUGACACCACAGUAACUUUCCACUCCACUGGCUAGACGUGAAAGAAAACACCAACUGAAUGCUUUCUGAAAACUUUGAUUAUUCUAUUCUGAAGAUUUAUUUCAGAGAUGUAUUCCACAGUAAAACUGCUGUUAUUGCUCAGUAGCUACUAUUUUGUGCAAACUGGAGUUGUACACAGAGAUCUUUUUGUUAAGUAUAUAUUUUGCAGAAUUCAUCUCACACUGAUUCACUGACCAGGACCCACUUCUUGCUCUUCGUUUUUCUCUGUUGCCAAGCAGGCUUCACCAUGCUGGUUUCAAGCUUUUUUUGAGGCUGGGGAGGCUUCAAUAUUUGUUAUAUUUAGUGUUUCUUGUUGUGCUGAUUUCUGCCUUAUUUACCUACACAAAAAAUAUUUCACAACACCAUCUCAUGACAAUGAGACUGUGCAAAUGUAGCGAGUGUGUCUCUGAAUUAGGUCUAUCGGAAUGGUUUGACGAGCGUUACGUUUCGAACAUGAACCCCAUCCUGAUGAAAAGCAACUACACAAUUCCUGAGAAGUCUUACAACUGGUGGAAGAGGCUUCAAGGUAACAAAAAUGCACCCCAUCUCAACAUCGUAAUGGAACAAGUAUUUAAGUUGUUUCCCGGAGACAACCUGCUCUCAGGCCAUGGACCAAACCGGUGCAGGACAUGUGCCGUGGUAGGGAAUUCUGGAAAUCUGAUAGGAUCCAAUUAUGGACCAAUAAUUGACUCCCAUAAUUUUGUGAUGAGGAUGAACCAUGCAAAGACUGUUGGCUAUGAGAGGGAUGUGGGUAGUAAAACCACACAUCACUUCAUGUACCCAGAAAGUGCUCAAGAUCUGGCGCACAAUGUUUCUUUGGUUCUGAUACCAUUUAAAAUAUUGGAUCUACAGUGGCUAAUAAGUGCCUUUACAACAGGCAAUAUCACUCGUACUUAUACUCGAGUGUUAAGUAAGAUCAAGGCAAAUAAAGAUAAGGUGUUGGUUUUGAGCCCACAUUUUUUUAUGUAUGUUUAUGACAACUGGAAUGAACAUCAUGGGAGAUACUCAUCGACUGGAAUGCUGGUCACAGUUUUUGCCCUUCAUGUCUGCGAUGAGGUGGAUGUUUAUGGAUUUGGUGCCAACAAUUUGGGGCACUGGCAUCAUUACUGGGAGAAGAAUGCUGGUGCAGGAGCUUUCCGUGUGACAGGAGUUCAUGAUGGAGACUUCGAAGCCAAUGUUACCAAGACACUUGCCAAAGAUAACAAAAUUUAUUUUUUUAAAGGUGUUUAAGCCUGCAAGACUGUGACUGAUAUCCAGGCAAACACUACAUACUAUAAAAUAUCUAUUAUCAUUUAGGUGUUGGGAGUAGAACACUACUUUAAACUCAGGACAGCAAAUGUAAAAGAAAACUAUUCCCUUCUAGUAAUGUGCCUUAAGUCUAUCCUUAGAUGACCAUUCCUUACAACAACUGAAUAUUUUUCUCCAGUUUUUACACAUGUACUAUCAUCUGGAUCCAACUAAAUCCAGUUCUCAUUUGCUAGCGAAUAAGUACAAAAUUAUUGAUAGUAUCAUAUAGUGCACCUGUGUCGACCGGGAACACAUCUAACUCUAACCACACUCAUCUCAUUUCUCCUCCUCUUUGGUGAAGGAAGAUUGCCAACUCAGUGUGCAAGGUGAGGGGGAGCAAACUUGAUUACCUGUGGUAGAUUAAAAUAUUAUCAUAGAGUGAAGUGCCAUUCUUAAUUUUGAGUUAGGUAGAUAUGAGCAUGUGUGCAGCACCUUAUUAUCUCAAAGUGCUUUAAAGCAUACAGUGAAGUACUUUUGAAACAUAGUCACUUUUAAGAUGUCAGAAAUAGAGCAAACAUUUGCAUGUUCCAUAAAUAACUUUGCCCAAGGUGUGACCAGGAAGGAUUAUUCUCCUCCACAGUAAAAUACACUACCAUGGAAUAUUUUCCAUUCAGAUGAGACAUUCCAUUAGGACGUUGGUUUAACAUCUCAUUCAACAUUUCAACGUUGAUACUAAAAGUUUGGUGUAGUUUAGUUUAGUUGAGAGAUACAACAUGGAAACAGGCUCUUCAGCCCACUGAGUCCACGCCGACUGCCAAUC